AUGAGUGCGCCCCGCUCCUGGCUGCUUCGACGGUACACUCUGCGGGUCGAGACCUGUUCUCCCUGGAGGUACGGAUUGGCUGGCUUUCCUGCUGAUGGACGUCUUGCUCAAGGUCGACUUUUGUUCUCUCUCGCCACCACCUUCUCGCAAUCGCGUAUACGAGGUUCGAUCAAGAUGGCGAGUUUGGCUCGGCGUGCAGUCUGGCUGGCGGUGGUGAUGGUGUGGCUGCUGGUAACGGCAAGCGCAGCCCCACUCUCGAGCCCUGCAUCCACGACAUCAUCUUCGACCAGCAUCGAGAGCGCGACUUCGACAUCGAUGCAAACGACAAGCAGCACUUCCACUUCGUCAACUAGCACCGAGAGCGCAACUUCGACAUCGCUGCGAACGAGCACUUCCACAUCGUCCAGCUCGAGUGCACCUGCAUCUUCUGCGGUGACGACUUCAUCUUCCUCCUCGAUAUCGUCUUUUCCAAGCACGGCGUCGGGGGUGGGGUUGACUUCGUCGACUCCGCGCGCAAGUGGGACACUCGUACCUCGUCCGGAGAGUCGGUCCACCACGGCUUUGCGAUCGCAAGCCACCCCGGCACGCGAAACUACUUCCCAAAAAUCCAGCACGCAUCGCGAACACCCAACCAGUGUUCGCGCCACUCGGUCGACCAAGCCCAAGCCUACACGCUCUGUUCGAACCAAAUCUGUCCAACCCACCCGCGUCAAAUCGAGCAAACCCAGCCGCACUGCCGGACCAAAGACACGAACAGCCACUCCAAAGACACGCACAUCCAAACCCAGUACCACACAUCCUUCCGCCUCAAAGACGCACACCACGCACACCACGCACACCACGCACGUGCACAGCAGCAAGACCCACACACACACCGCUUCGCCUACAGUCUUCCAUCCCAAGGGCGGCAAUAUCGUUGCGGACCCAGUACCCGGUUCGACGUGGGAAAGGGUGCGAAAGAUUCUGUUGAUUCCGCUGUGCAUCGUCACGGUGCUCACCUUUAUCGCCGGCGUCGGACUGUAUAUCGCCGCGACGUGGGGAAGCGGUGAAGGCUGGUUUGAAAAAGCACCUCUCGUGAACCUCGACGAAAAGGCUCAGACCAUAGGCCCCGGUCAGCCAGACGUCUUUCCUCAGGAAAAGCUCCUGGUGCGCGAAAGCGGUCAAUUCCAGUUCAAAGCUCCGUCGGUACACGAACACCCCCCGCCCCAAACUUAG